CCCUCUCCAUGUUCAAGUUCAAAUUGCAAGCAUACCCCCAGUGUAGCUUUCGUUCCCUUGACCGAGGGUGAACCUUUUUCUCGCGCUCUCCGGCAAGACAUUCUUUCUCAGCAUACAACCAGGAUCAGGACUAGAAAUCGACAUGGCAGACCCGAACAUAGACUACUGGCAAGUGCCUGCAGCUACACCUCCAAAUGGCACGACCUCCAACUUCGUCAAUCCGCCAAGUGUAGGAAACAGGCAAACGAUAACCAAUAUCAUCACGCUGAUUAUCAUGAUCGUCGUUGUCCUGCUGCGACUCUAUACUCGGAUUUUCAUCGUCAAGUCCGUUGGCUACGAUGACUGGGCCAUGAUCGUUUCUCUUCUUAUCUGCAUCACAGCUAUAGCUCUCUACCAGGCACUGGUUCAUCUUGGAAUGGGACGACAUCUCUACGACGUGCCUGUGGCACUCUUCUCGCCUCACUUUCUAAGGUUAUACCUCAUCGCCUCGGUCUUCUACAGCUCCUCCAUGCUUUCUAUCAAAGUCGCCAUUAUGUUGUUGUACCGUCGUCUUUUCCCGAUUCAAAACUUCUACUGGCGUUGGUGGGCCGUCUUCCUCUUCGCUGUUGGAUACUCUGUUGCUGGUAUCCUUACUGAGAUUUUCGACUGCACACCAGUCCACUUUCAAUGGGACAUCUUUGCUAAAGGAAAAUGCAUCAAUCGUCCGGCUUUCUAUAUCGCCAACGCUGUGUGCAACUCUGUCAGCGACUUGUUGAUCCUGGCACUCCCGAUCCCAAUUGUUUGGAACCUUGCUCUCACCCGCAGAAAGAAGAUCACACUAUCGCUUGUAUUUGCUAUGGGCUCCGCCGGUUGCAUUGUCAGCAUCAUCCGUCUCAGAAGCAUCAUUGCCUACCUUCAACAAGGAGAUGGUGAUCUCACAUACACGAUUUGCGACUUCGUCGUUUGGUCGGCGAUCGAAACAAUGAUGUCCAUGGUCUGCACUUGCGUACCGACACUCCGCCCACUCUUCGAAACGUACUUCCGUGGCAUCUUCACUGGUAGCACACACGAUUCGAAACCCACGGGCCAAUACUUCCGAACCGAUGAGCGACCAACAGAUCAUAGCCGCAAGGGCUCGAAUCUUGAUCCCUUCCGCACCGAUAUCGAGCUGCACAGACACAAGAACCAGGCACAGAUUACAGCCAACAAUGUGGAUUCGGAUACGGAUAGUACAGACGAAAUUCUUGCUCACCAGCCAACUACCAUCGAGGAUCAUGUUGUAGAUGAGAGGACUGUGGGUGGUAUCGUUGUUUCACAUUCGUACCAGGUACGGACUUCGGCCGAUCCAUGAGGCUUUUUUAAGUUACCCUUUGUCCUUUUAUAUAGAGAUAUGAUCACGCAGAGCUUGUUAAGCACGUAAUACAUUCGUUUGGUUCUUCGAGCUCUGAGUCCUUUGUCCUCUAUCUGAAAUCACUCUUGUAAAAGAACGACUGCAAGCCGCUCAGUCUGCUCCAGUGGGCGCGAUUUCCUCAAUAUGCUCGACACUGAAGUCUGAUUUUGCGUCAUCGACAAUCAAAGGCCCUUUCCCCUUGCCCCUAUCCUUGCGAUAGUAUUGUGUAAAAUCAUGACGAAUACCAAAAGAUGCC